AUGGCUCCCUCCACACCCAUCAUCUACCCAUCCAAGAUGUCCCCCGGGAUCCAAAAUACCUUCAAGCAGCACAACGCUCUCCCCCUCGAGGACCGCGAAAAGCCCCUCUUCGUCAUCGACGUUGCAACCGUCAAAGACACAGUCCGCGAUUUCAUGGCCUCCAUGCCUUCCACCGCUAACAUCGACGUCGUCCACUUCGGUGCUGUCAAGGCCUGCGCCGCUAAGCCCGUGACUGACGUGUACGACCAGCUCCGAUGUGGUUUCGACUGUGCCUCCAAGGGUGAAGCCAAGCCCCUUAUCGACCGAGGUGUCAAUCCCGCCCGUAUCUCACUUGGGAACUGUAACCUUCCUACCAAUGAGCUUGAGUGGGGUAUUGAAGUUGGUAUCCAGUAUUUUGCUGUUGAUAGCAUCUCGCAGGUCCAUCGAAUGCUCGAGGCUGCUGCUCGUGUUGCUAAGCGUAAGGGUUGCGAUUUGGCCGCUAUUCUCGCUGAGAUUAAGCCUUUCUGCCGUCUUGUCUGUUCCGGAAAGGGUUCCGAUAAGCCAUUCUCUGCCAAGUUCGGUGUCGACCCCGAAAUGGCCUUCACUAUCAUCGAAGAAGCUCAGGCGCAUGGCCUCACCUUCAUUGGUCUCUCUGGCCAUCCUGGUACCCAGAACCUGGCUACCGACGCUUUCGUCCAGUUCGCGCAACUCUUCCGUGGUGUGUUUGACCGUGUCAAGACCGAACUCGGCAUCACCAUGACUCUCGCCAACAUUGGUGGAGGAUGGGCUGGUAUCUCGACCAAGAAUGCCCCCUCGUUCGCCGACUACAAUAAACCCACUAUCGAAACCUUCUCCUCCGUUUUUGCUGACUGGCCUGUCAAGCUGAUCAUGAUGACUGAGCCCGGUCGCGCUUUCAUCUCCAAGGCUGGAUGGCUUCAGACCCAUGUCAUCAACGUCUCCAAGCACACCGCCGGUGCUUCCGUCUCGCGCGUCUUUCUCUCCGUCGGCACUCUCCACGGGCUGAACGAGGCCAACAAGAUUUCCUUCGAGUGGCACACCUCUGCUCCUUCUGAGAAGACCAAGCCUUGUGUUCUGUAUGGUGCCAGCUGUGACAGCUCCGACAUCAUCCUUGGAAAGGACGCCAACGGCAAGGAGAAGACUGUUGAUCUUCCCGAUGUCCUUGCUCCGGAUCACCUCGUCUGGGUCUAUGGUCCUGCUGCCUAUGGGCCCGACUACUCGACUUCCUUCAACGGCGUCCCUCCCCCCAAGGUUGUCUACAUCAACUCCAAGGAGGGAAUUACCUACUAG